AAGACAGUUUUAUGUUUUUGCUUGAAAUCAUCAAGAUGGCGAGGCGCCGGAUAGGUCGACACCAAUCAAAAUUGGAAAAUAUAUAUUGUGGGUCUUGCAGAGACCAGGAAAGUAUUAAAGUCAAGUUUAUAAAUUCUGCAAUAGGUUUUGGUGUAUUUGCUGGAAAGAGAUUCUCCAAAGGAGAAUUUUUGCUUGAAUAUGCAGGGGACCAGAUUUCCGAAAACAAAGCUGAGUCAAGAGAGGCUUCUUACCAAAAUAAUGGAAAAGAUGCUAUAUUUACUAUAACGUAGUUGGAUACCAUGGGAAGUUUUGCAUUGAUGCAACAAACUCAAAUCAAGCUGGAAGAUAUGUCAACGACUCGCCAGUAAAAUAUGCAAAUUCUGUAAUGAAGCGUUAUUGCAGUGGUACAAAAGUUUAUCUUAAUUUGUAUGCCCUUAAAGAUAUUGAAAUGGGCACAGAGUUACGAUAUGACUACGGAGAUGAUCCAAAGGAAAUGCUCUGGCGAACAAAGGUAGAAAACCUGAAUCCUUUGCAACUAAAAGGUGAAAACGUGAGUCCUUUGCAGAUAGGAGACCAAAACACAAUCCUUUCAGAAAAACAAGAUAAAGAUGUGACUGCUUCCCAACGGCAAGGUGAAAACACAAGUUCUUUGCAACUGCAAGAUCAUGCUGAUAUUGAUUCUAUCGGUUUCUCACAAGUUGACAUUGUUGCAUCAAGUGAUAGCUUAAAUACUGACAAGAAAGAAGUAAUGUCUGCCAGCAAAUGUUUGCGUGAUGAAAGUACAGAUGGUAAAAACAGAGGAGAUAACCCAUCCUGUAAAGCCUCUAAAGAAGUCUGUAUGUCAAUGUUAUCAGUAAAUAAAAAAACAAUUACCAGAGACACUGUUGACCCAGGUGAUAAAGAUAAUAAAUUCAUUCUAUCAACUCGGGAUUCUGGAGAAAUCCUUCUGCCAAUGCCCCCAGUGAAGGAGAAAAACAUAGCCAACGACACUGGUGUGGGCCUUGGUGAUAGCUUGGGCGAAGUAAUAUUUACCGAUACGGAAGAACUAGCAUUUACCUUAGAAAGUAUACCUAAUGAAGAAACCAAUAGUAAUGAUAAAAAUAAACCUUUAAAUAUCGAUGCGUCGAAAGACGAUAAGAAAUCUCCCAAAAAGGUUGAAAGUACAUUAAGAGUUACUGAGCCUUCGAAUGGUGAAGAAGAUAGUGAAGAAGGCACUGUUGUGUUUAGUGCUGAAAUUAGAGAUGAUAUACCUAUGUGCCAAGUAACCAAUGUUAAUAACGAACAAGGCUUUCCUCUAAAUACUGAAGACUUGUUGAACACUGAGGCUUUGACAUUUAGCGAUGAUGAAGAGGACAUGACUAAUAAUGCUAGCAUUGAAGAUGUGCUAAAAAAUGUCAGUGGAAUUAAAUUGUCUACAUUUAAAGGUAUUUACAUUUUGUAUUACAAUUUUUGAUUAGCGGCACAAAGACCAGGCAUAACUUUUGUUAGUGCUGAAAUUUUGUGACAUUUCCCAACUUUUAUUAAUGCGUUUGACGAAAAAAUGGGUACUUCAUGGGUAUCUGUGCUUUGAACCUUGGAUACGUGGGAUUGUAUACAUAGACCAUUUGACUUCUUGCAUAGAAAUUAACAAUUUGUUACAAAUCUUUUUUACUCACUAUUUCCCUUGCCGUGUACAAUCACCUGCUUCGACCUUUUCGUGCAUUUGAGCAUUCAGCUAAGCUAGUUUUCACGCGCGAAUAGAAGAAAAACUUAAAUUGCUUUUCAGUUAGUUUUUUUAUUUCAUUCUGGUAAUCGUUUUUGUUAUUAAUGAAGAAAUGUCUAAGUAAUACAAUAAAAAAACUACACGCUGAACUAGAAAUAAGUUUAUUUGCUUUAAGAUGAAACUGAAUUAUGUUUUUAGGUUUUUUUCCCAAUAUUAGGUUUCCAUUGCGAAACCAGGAUUGGUUUCGCAAUGGUUUUGCAGAGCUCUAUAACUUUUUUACAAAAACCGAUCUCAGAAGAAUUGAAAACAAGACUAAUUGGAAAUGUAAAAUUAAAUAAUGAUCCUAAAAUUAAAAUUUAUUAACCAGAAUUAAUCAAUCACAAAUCAAAUCUUAAUACAA